AUUGUGCGUGAUCCAGCAGCGAGCAGCCUACCACCACCGUACCGGCAGCCAGGCGCGCCGCCGGGUAUAUAUAUGGCAGCUCAUGCUUGCUACGGCGGCGGCGUUGCCGGCGCUGCGCCGGCGGCGGCGGCUGCAAGGCGCCUGAAAUUGGGAAGGCCGUCGAGGUCGUCGCUGAUGAAGGCGAGAAAGCUGAGGAAGGGCGGCGGCAAAUGCCGGCCAAGGUCGGCAGCGUCGAGGAGGAAGCGUGUCGAGGCGAUCAGGCGGAAGAUGGAGGCGCUGAGAAGGCUCGUGCCGGCCUGCGAAGGCGGCGACGGGGAGCGGGCAGAUGAUGGCCGGCUGGAGGAGCUCCUCCUGCACGCCGCCGGCUACAUCCUACGCCUCCAGAUGCAGGUUAGGGUCAUGCAGGUCAUGGUCCACGCGCUAAACAACCCGCCGGAGGAUUGAUCUAUCCUGCUAGCUCUUCAGGGUCAUGUGAAUUCCUUUUCAUUCUUUCUUCUUUUUCUUCUCGUUGGUGCUUGGGUGGCUGGCUUGGCUGGGUGCAAAUCAUUGGUUUCUUGAGUACUGAGUGGGAUUGCCAAUAUUUGUUCGUAUAUACUGCAGAUACGAAAUGUGUCCAUACUCAUCCUGUGAGUGACUAUAUGAUAGAGUAUAGAUCUACACAUAGUUUUAGGACAGCAGCUGUAUGUGAGAUGGGGAUUUCUUUGCCUGUAUGUACGCAACUGUUUAUGGGAUCAAGAUUGGAAUUGAAUUGUGG